CUUUCAACUUCAUCACUACCACUACUAUCAUUUCAAUUCAUUGCAUUGCUCUAUCUACUAGGAGUUUUCUAUUUAAUUCCUUGAGCAUCAAACAGUCAUGGCUAGUACUCUAAAGUAUCUGUCAGUUUUGGUUCUUGUUUUCCUUGUCGUAGACGCCGCUAAUGGGCAAGGUCUGAAAUUUGGUUUCUAUGCAAAGUCAUGCCCCAAGGCAGAGUCUAUUAUUCACAAAACAGUCGCUUCAUACGUUUCCUUUAAUCCUACUUUCCCUGCUGCGUUAUUGAGGAUGCAUUUCCAUGAUUGUUUUGUCAGGGGUUGUGAUGGUUCGGUUCUUCUUAACUCGACAAGCACAAACCAAACAGAGAAAGCCGCAAUUCCUAAUUUAUCACUAAGAGGCUUUAAUAUUAUCGAUGCCGCAAAGGCUGCAAUUGAAAAAGUGUGCCCUGGAGUUGUUUCAUGUGCAGACAUUCUAGCAUUGUCUGCAAGAGAUUCAGUAGCUAUGAUUAAAGGACCAUGGUGGAAUGUGACGACUGGACGAAGAGAUGGGCGAGUAUCGACCAUUGGAGAUGCUUUUAUCCAUCUACCACCGCCAUUCUUCAACGUCACUCAAUUGAAGGCAUCAUUUGCAUCCAAGGGGUUGAAUGCAAAAGACCUUGCAGUUUUAUCAGGUGGACAUACAAUUGGUAUUGCCAAUUGCGCCGGAUUUUCACAAAGGUUGUACAACUUCACCGGCAAAGGAGAUACCGACCCAACAUUGGACAGCGAAUAUGUACCACGAUUGAAGAGCAAAUGUAAGCCAAAUGAUUUCGUUACUAACGCAGAGAUGGAUCCAGGAAGUUUCAAAACAUUCGACUCAAGUUACUUUAAGCUUGUUGCCAAGAGAAGGGGAUUACUUACAUCUGAUGCAGCUCUUCUUAACGACCCUGAGACUAAAGCUUACGUUAGGAGUCAAGCAUCAAACAAUGGACCAACUUUCUUCAAGGACUUUGCAGUGUCUAUGGAGAAAAUGAAUACUAUUGAAGUUCUCACUGGUAAUGCUGGUGAGAUCAGGAAACACUGUGCUUUUAUCAACUAAUAGGCCACAAAAUUUUGGCUCCAGAGAUGACAUUUCUGUGAUAUGAUUGAAUUUAUUUGCCGUAAUUUGGAUUGUAAUAAUUUUUUCCGUUUGUUUAUCAUUUUGUAUUUGCUUAAUGUUAAUUUGCGUUACUUAAUACAUUAACUUGAUUUGAAA